AUGCUGCCGGGUGUCCUGGGUCUGCCAGCAGCAUCAUCGCGGUCAGCAAACGGGGGCGCCGCCGUCCAGCUGCGCCAGAGUCCGACUUCCCUAAACAUCCUCCUGGCAAUCAUCUCGCAGCUCUUCCCCUUCGAUGCUGCGAUCGAAGACGUUGGCGACCUCAUCGAGGGCGCCGAGACGGUGUUCGCGGACCUAGCUGGAUUCGAGACUAGCGAGAAUGACCUGGUAUCCGGAAAGUGUGGCGACGUGGUUAUCGUGUUCGCGCGCGGUACCAACGAGCCUGGAAAUGUAGGGUCGCUCGUGGGGCCACCGUUUUUCGAUGCUGUGAGAGCAAAGCUGGGCGCGAAGGGCAAGACGCUGGCGGUGCAGGGCGUGGAUGACUACGAGGCGGACAUCACAGGAUUCCUUCAAGGAGGCGAUGCGAAAGGUAGUCAGAGAAUGGCCGAUCUGGUGGCACAGGCCCAGAAGCAAUGCCCCUCCUCGAACGUCGUCAUGUCCGGAUAUUCACAGGGUGGUCAGGUUGUGCACAAAGCUGCCAGCCUAUUGUCUGCAUCCGCCAUGAAUGGUGUCAGGUCCAUUGUUGUGUUUGGAGAUCCAGACAGAGGCUAUGCGAUUCAGGGUGCACCGGUAAACAACGUGCUGAUAGUCUGCCACGAAGGGGACAACAUUUGCGACGCCGGCGAUUUCAUCUAUUUGCCUCAUCUGACCUAUCUUCUCGACGCAGACACGGCAGCCAGCUUUGUAUCAGCGCAUAUAUCAUAA